AUGUGUUUUGUUGAUACCCGAGGAACAGUUAAAGGCCUUGAGGACUUUGGCUUGACUCUCACUUUUGGUGGACUCACGGGGACGAGACCCGAACCGACGAGCACUGCAGCGAGCUCGUCUUCGACACUCGCUAGCUCGGCCUCGGGGCUGCCCUCGCAAGCAUCAGGCAGCCCCACCGCUACCUCGCAGCCAGCUUCAUCCCCCAGCUCGUCAUCUGGAGGCCACUCGAACAAUGGCGCAUACGCCGCAGCAGGCGCCGUAGGCGUGAUAGCGCUCUUCGCACUGUUGCUCGGUACAGCGUUUAGCUACCGCAUGAUGAAACGUCGUCGUCUGGCAUCUCGCCAGCUGCAACUCGCCUCUCCGAACCCUUACGAUCCACGUAUAACGCCCAUCGAUAAACCGCGCCCUGCGUUCUCGCAGCCCGCAACGUUAACGUCCGCUACGGCGUACACUGCGCCGUCGUCCACAGCACCAUCAUCUACAGCAUACGCUUCACAUCCGUCAAGCUCGGGGUACACCGAGCGCAAGGUCGAGACGAGCACUGUCGUGGGCUCGUGGCAGUGGCCCGCCGCGAUGCCGCAUACACCAAUGACGCCCACCUCGCCCAUGUCCUUCGACAUGAUCGAGCGAGGCAUGAGCCGCGCCACGAUACGCAUGUCGGCAGCCACGGCCAGUACAGACUGGGUACACCUCGACCUCCGUCUAAGCUCGCCGACGCCGAGCAUGCUGCGCGCUUACCCGGGCCGGAUCGGCUCGCCAUCACCGUCGCCCGAGCCUCCUUCGCCUCAACCGAUCUCGGGCAUCCCUAUCGGGGUGCACGAUACGUACGAGGAGGAUUUCGUGAGGCCUAGCUUUGACUCGCUUGGGUUCGCGAUGCCGCCGCCUACGUAUCGCUCGCCGAGUCGGCAGACGGACUUUUUGGUGCCGGUUAGUGCUGCGGGACCACAGGAGGGGAAUGCAUAUGGAGGGUUGCAUAUCGAGAUACCGCAACCUGUGAGGGCGAGGCCGGGGGUAGGACCGCCAUUCUAG